AUGUACACGGAAAAGAUAAACCUUAACUCAGAGAAUGAAAAAAUCACAAGUCUGGAUUUUCAGCCAUGCACAAAUGUAAACAGAUUAGCCAUAUCAAGUUUGCACCAGAUAAAAAUUUACCACAUUCCUGUACACGACAGGAGCUUGAAGAAUAAAAUAAACAUUGAGCUUUUGUUCAUAAGCAAUGAUCACAAUUUAGUGUACAUUAACACGAUCAGGUGGAGUUUCAAUGGUCAAUUUUUGGCUAGCUGUGAUAGUGGAGGAACCUUAGUGUGUUACGAAUUGGACACGAAUAAAAAUAUGAACAAAAUUGAUAUAAAAAGUGAUGUAAAAAGUGAUGUAAAAAGUGAUAUAAGAAGUGAUAUAAAAAGCGAUAUAAAAAGUGAUAUAAAAAGUGAUAUAAAAAGUGAUAUAAAAAGUGAUAUAAAAAGUGAUAUAAAAAGUGAUAUAAAAAGUGAUAUAAAAAUUGAUAUAAAAAACGAUAUAAAAAGUGAUGGAGAAGAAUUUAAAAAUAUCCAAAAAGACAGUGUCAACAAAUCGAUAGGACAUAUAUGCACUUCGCUUAGUAGCAAUAAUAAGGAAGAAUGGAAAAUAACGAGAUGUAUAAAAAUACAUGAAAGUGGAGAAAUUUUUGAUUUUGCAUGGUCACAUGACAAUGAACAUGUUGUUUGUGGAGUGUCUAAAGGGAUAGUUUACAUUUUUAACUUAAAAAAGUCGUAUAUUUCACAUAAACUUUUUGUUAAGGGAACAACAGAAAAUAUCAAAGGGGUUUCUUUUCAUCCAACAAAUAAUUCAGUUAUAGCACAAAGUAGUGACAAUAUUAUGUGCUUGUGGAAAAAGAAAAAUAUUUAUCCAGAACAGAAUAAUUUAUUAGGUAGUACCUUGGGGAAUAAAAAAAAUUAUGAACAUGAAAAUAAUUUUUGCCAGCAGUACGAUUGCACAAAGACACAAAAUGAUUUUCCUGCAUUCCAAGGUGUAGCAAGAGAAUAUUUUGAAUGCAUGUAUGAAGAAAAUAUGAACAAGAAAUAUAAAAAUAUCGACACACCAACCAUUCGUCAUAUUUAUUUUGAUAGCUUUGGGAAAUAUGCUACUAUUACACACAUUCCAAAUAAUGGAAGAAAUUGUGGCAUACUGCUUAAGAUUGAUAACAAUGAACGAAUACAUAAAAAAAGAAUAUUUCUUGAUGGACAUGGAAGUUGCAUAAGAGUAGCUAAAAUUGGGCAAAAGGUAUUUGUUGAUUUGAAAAAAAAAAAACUAUACAGCUUGUAUUGUCAAUGUAGUGAUAAUGGAGUUAUAUCUUUAUGGAAAAUUUUUUUAAAAAGGGUGAAGAUGUCAAGGCAAGGGAAUACAAAAGGGGAAAGAAGUGGGGGAAGAAGAGAGGAAAAAAAAGGGAUUGAAAAUAGGCAGCUAGCCGAAAUGAAAAAAAAAUUUUUCGAAAAUAGGCAGCUAGCUAAAAUGGGAAAAAAAAAAAAAAAAAAAAAAAUCAAUAAAUAUGCAAAAUGUUUUCUGAUUAUUCAGAAUUUACUAGAAGAACAAACAUGCGCUGUAGACCUAAGCUGGUCUGAAAAAUUUGAUCAACUAGUUAUUGGUGCAUCCAAUGGAUCAGUCUAUAUUAUACAAAUAAAUGCUAAUGCAUUAAAAUUAAAACCAUUUUAUCAAAAUGUGCUUCUUGAAAUUAAUGAAAUUACCGUGAAAAUUAAUAAAGAAUAUAAUAGAGAAAUUUCUGAACAAAAUAAUGUCAAAAUUAAGCAAGUAAAGGACAAAGUAGAAAACAAAAAGCCAAAAAAUAGAAUAACUCCAAAAAUAAAAUAUUUAUAUGAUGAACAUGGAAAUAUUAUAGAAAAUUCAAAGUCUCACGAAAUAAUCCACAUUUUGCAUUGCACAAUUACCCCAUUCAACAACUACAGUCACUUUUACAAUGAAGAUAUGAAAUGUCUUAUUUUUUCCAAUUUUGAAAAGAAAAAACAGCACCACCUAAAUGACAAGCAUAAGUAUACCUGUAUGAAUAAUACAUUUGAUUCUCUUGUGAAUGCAUUUGUAUAUGUAACUUUUAAGUCCAUCGAAUAUAUAUUGAGAAAAUUACGUCUAUGUGAAAUCUCAAGGAGGAGGAACUUUAUUCUCCCGUCUACACAUCCCCACUCUUGUGAUUAUCCGAAAAGAAAUUCCAUCAUUCCGAAUAGGAGUUCAUAUUUAUUGAAUCUAGAAUCACCCUUGGAGGAUGUUGCAUCUAGACAAUGCAUAGGCAGGAGCUGUGGAAGCCAUGCUGGUUAUAGUGGAAGCCAUGCUGGUUAUAGUGGAAGCCAUGCUGGUUAUAGUGGAAGCCCUGUUUGUGAUAGUGGGAGCCCUGUUUGUGAUAGUGGGAGCCCUGCUUGUGGUAGUAGUAACACUCAUAAUAACGAUCGAAAGGGGGGAGACGGUCAAGAUAGGGAUCAAGAUGAAGAUAAAAAUGAUGAAGACAAACAUGGAAAACAUGAUGAAGAGGAAGCAGACGAGGAGGAAUCGGACGAGGAGGAAUCGGACGAGGAGGAAUCAAACGGGGAGGAAUCAAACGGGGAAGAAGCAAAUGAGGAAGAAGCAGAUGGAGAGGAAGCAGAUGGAGAGGAAGCAGAUGGAAAGGAAGCAGAUGGAGAGGAAGCAGAUGGAAAGGAAGCAGAUGGAAAGGAAGCAGAUGGAAAGGAAGCAGAUGGAAAGGAAGCAGAUGGAAAGGAAGCAGAUGAUGGGGAUGAAAACCCUAACCAAAGCAAUAGCAGCUGCAACAAUAGUCGCCCUAACAAUUGUGCAGGCGAAGACCCAACGAAGGAUAAGAAUAGCAGUAUGAGAAGUAGAAAGGGGGAUACCAUUAAUAGCAAUAAAAGAAGAAAUAGUGAAGGCAUAAAAACAAAGAAAAAUUAUAAAGAAAGAAAAUGGAAAAAAUCUUCGAAAAGUAGUCAAGAACUCUCCCAAUAUAUAAGCAGCAAUGAGAAUUUCAAUGUUGUAAACGCUGCAUGUUUUAGUGAUGGCAUUGAUCAAGGUAAUCAUAACAGCAACAGCAUUAGAAAGAAUAACAACAAUUAUAGUGCGAAUGAUAACAGUUAUAGUAGUAAUUAUAAGAAGAAGAAAAGUAGCAGUAAUGUUGGAAGUAAUGUUGGAAGUAAUGUUGGCAGCAACAUUGGGAGUAAAAUUGGAAACAACAUUGGGAGUAAAAUUGGAAGCAACAUUGGGAGUAAAAUUGGCAGCAAUAUUGGGAGUAAUAAAGAGCGACGCACCUCCGUCCUGUCCUAUGGAGGCAAGGAUGGUAGCAGUAAAACAACACUACUGAAUUCUCGGAACCCAGAUGAAUUUUUGGAAGACACAAAUAAAAACAUUGAUGUAAAAAUUUUAGAUAUUAUAAGGAAUAAUUAUAAUAAAGAAAGUUAUGCUAACACAUCUAUACCCUUUUUGCAUGACGAUAUUUGUCAGCUACCUCGAAUUGGGUAUCCUGAUGAAAAUGAUUGCUUAAAAAAAUUUGAAGAAAGAUCGAAGCACUUGAUAUGGCACGACGAGGGGGAUGACGACGAUGAAAUUCAAGGGAGUAUUAUGAGUCUAGCAGAUAUGAAGAAUAAAGAAGAUGUAAAGAAAAAAAAAACAAAGAAGGCUGAUCCUAGUACAAAAAGGGAUACAAAGAAAAAAGGAGUCAAGGUAGAUGGGGGUAAAAAAGUUACGAAAAAGGACCAAAAGGAAGGAGGCAAGGGGGAGAAAAAAAAAGUCAAAAAGGAGGUAGAAGCAGGGGCAGAAGCAGGGACAAAAGCAGGGAUAGAAGCAGGGAUAGCUGCAGGGACAGAAGCUGGGAUAGAAGCAGGGAUAGAUGCAGGGACAGAAGCAGGGAUAGAAGCUGGGAUAGAAGCAGGGGUAGAAGCAGAUGUAGAAACAAUCGGUGAGCUAAAAAUGGAAUCAAAUGAGGCAGAAUCUAUUUCAUUGGAAAAGUUUCCAAAACAUCAGAAGGAUGAUAUCCCAUGGGUAAAGUCAACUGAGAAGUCGAAGGGUAGUUUGUCAGAAGUGUCAAGAGAAGGAGAGAAUCCUGAAAAGUUCAAAAAAGAGGCAAAAAAAGAGGCAAAAAAGGAGGCAAAAAAGGAGGCAAAAAAAGAGGCAAAAAGGGAAGCAAAAAAGGAGGCAAAAAGGGAAGCAAAAAAGGAGGCAAAAAAGGAGGCAAAAACUGAAGCAAAAAAGAAAUCCAAAAAGGGGGAAAAAAACAAAAGCAAAAAGAAAAGUGAAGACAAGGAGAAAGAACAGAUAGAUAAUGACAAUUUUGAAAAUAAGAAAAAUAAUCAAGAUGAUAAACCAAAGGAAGAUGUAAAGAGGGAUACAAAUGAGGACAUAAGGAGUAGCGAAAAAAAUGAGUUAAUAAAGGACCAGAUGAAGAACACGAAGAAAGAUCCCAGCAAAAAAAAAAAAAAAAAAACUAAAAAACGGAAAAAUGGAAACGAUUCUGAUAUGGAAUGGGAGAAUUUUAACCCACACGCUGAGUUCUCUCAUCCGUUUGAUUCCCGUGAGAACAUGGAAGGAGGAGGAGCACAGCAGAUGUCGAAAGGUGUAUCUAAAAGAACAAAGGAAGAUUUGGAUUCAAAUAACAUAAAAAAAAAAGAAAUUCAGAAAAAGAAAAAUAAGAGCAAUGAAUUAUACUCAUCAAAUGAUAUUAUUAAUGCCACAGAUUUAUUGAGAUCAAAUGAGGCAAAAAAUAAUUACACAGGUGAGAGUCUAGAUGAAUGUCCAAAUCAGGAUCUGACAAUUGUUACAUAUAAACAUGCACAAAAACUGGAUAAGGAAUCAUGUUCACAUGUGAAGAUAGAUUAUUCAGUUGGAGAUGACCAAUGUUUAGAGGAUAACCAGGAUGAAAAUGUUACAACAUUGUGCAGAAAGAAUAACAAUACUGCAGAAGAUGUUAACGGAUACAAUGCCAGUUAUAUUAGCAGCCCCAAUGGAGGAGGCCACAUUGAUAACUCCUAUGAUGGAUAUGGAAAUACAUACAAGAAGAAAAAAAAAAAAAUAAAGAAUAAGAGAAACUCAGAACAUGAUGACUUGUUGUAUGAUUCUAAUGAACAUCAUAAGAGGGAAUUUCUUCCAUGUAAUAAAAAAGGAAAAAUGGAAAUGGUGAUGAAGUCGAACAUAAUCCAAGAUCAGAAAAUAAUGAAUAAUGUAUUACUUUCAAAGAGACAUUUAGAAAACAUUCAUUAUGAGAAAGAAGAUACAUGGAAAUUCAAUAUGGCAAUUUCAGAUUCGCUUGACGAAGCAGGGGAAGAGGGAACACACAUUGGUAAUAGGAUGAAUCGUUUGAGAGAGACGGACGAAAUGGGUUCUGAGGGAUUUGAAUCAGAUGCGUCCAAGGGACAUGAAGAGGAUAAUGAAGCCAUGGUGCACUCGGAAGAAAAUGAAGAUGAUGAAGAUGAUGAAGAUGAUGAAGAUGAUGAAGAUGAUGAAGAAGAUGAAGAUGAUGAAGAUGAUGAAGCAGAUGAAGCAGACGAAGCAGACGAAGCAGACGAAGCAGACGAAGCGAUGUAUAACCACCGUGAAAGGGAAUUCCAAGGGAAUGGUGAAAAUCCAGUUGUGAUGGAGGAAAGUUAUUGCUGGAGUGAAAUAGAGAACGAGGAAGGUAAGGAAGAACAAAUCCUUUACGCUGUAAAGGAAGAGAGAUGUUAUGAUGAGUCAAUUGGUGGAAACAUGUUAAACAUGAAAAACAUUCAGAAGAAAUAUAAAUUAAAUAAAAUGAACAAGAAUCGAAAGAAGAGGAGGAAGCAUAAUAUGAAUGGCGAUGUGCAUCAGAUUUUCAAGCGUAAUAGUAACUCUGUUGGCACUGACUUCCACAUUGUGAGAAAUAGGGAGAAUAUGCACACUGUUCAUGAAGGGUAUAGGGCUAAUGAUAUCUUGAAUGGAAGGAACUACAGCAGUGGUGACAACAACCAAAGUAACAGCAGCUGUGAUGACAACAACCAAAGCAACAGCAGCUGUGAUGACAUCAACCAAAGUAACAGCAGUGAUAAUGAGAGGAACGAUUUUACACAGAGAAAUGAUCGUAGUUGCACAGAUAAAGUUCAUAUUGAGAAAUAUAAGAAUAAAAUAUUUUUUUUUGACAAUCGAAGAAAAAACUGUUGCAUCUGUUGCAUGUAUUGUGGAAGUAGUACUGACGAUGCAUUUGGAAAUAAUAAUAGUAAUAAUGCUAUGAAAAAAAGAAAAUCUUUUUAUUUAUUGUGGGAAGAUGAAGUUGUAGGAAAAAUGAUUAAACAAAAUUUAUUCGAUAAUUAUCUUUUCAUUAUAAGUUUCAAAAAUGAAAACUACAUGUUGAAUAUUUUCCACAUAGAAAGCAGACUCGUAGUUUAUAACUUUCUUCUCCCAUUAACAACUGAUAAAUGUGACAUUUGUGUAAUAAAAUGUAUUCACAUUGGGAUAGAUGUAUAUACAUAUUUCUACAUUCACGAUAAUAAGAAAUGCAUAUACAUAUACCAGCUGCUAAAUUAUUCCAAGGUUUCUUUAUUAUACCAUUUUGUUAUUUCUGAAUUGGAUACAGAAGUGGAAAGCAUAAGCAUGAGCAUCAUUGAGAGAUUAGAUGGUUAUAAAAAUACACCAGGAGAAAGAAGGAAAAGAAAAAAACGUUUGCGAAAAUUUGCCAACUAUAUUUUAGCGCAACAUAGGAAGGAUGAAAAGGGAGGUGGCAAAGAGGGAAAUACAAAAAAUGGGAUCACUUCAAACGGUAGAUGUAAAAAUGGGAUCACCUCAAAUGGUAGAUGGAAAAAUGAAAAAAGAUUGAAAGGCCUGCCAAAGGAAAGGAAUGAAGAAAGGAAAAAAGAAAAAGAUGUUAAAAAAUUUAUAAAAAAUAUUGUAUUUUAUGAUAAAUAUGGUGAGGACAAAAAUGAUGGAAAAUACCCAUAUUACAACCUUCCUGAUGGUGAAGAAACCAUGGAAGAGACCGUGGAAGAGGACGUGGAAGAGGACAGUCGCAAGAGGGGAAACCGGAUGCAACCUCGCAUGAAAGGGAAAAAUGGAAAACAAGGUAAAGAUUACAGGAAAAAUAAUGCAACACUUUGCAAAUGGACAAAUCAGGAAGAGAAAGAAAAUCCAAUAAGCAUAUGUGAUAUUGUGAAUGUUAUUAAUAGUGACAACAGGGAUAAUAUCCUAGCCAAAAGUAUUACAAACGACUUGUUCAAUAAACAUAGUUUUGAUAUUUACAGAAGUAGUGAGAAUAAUGAGAGUGUGAAAUAUUCCUUAGAAGAGAUGCACUGUAAUGAAGAAAUGGACACUGCAGAGAAGAGAAGGAAGAAGAGGAAGAAGCAUUUUCCCGUAAGCACGAAAUGUAGAAAUGAAAUGUCAAUUUCAUCAUUGCCAUUUCAUUUUAACGGAUUCGACAUUUUGACUCGUUAUCCAACUCAUUCGAUAGGAGAUGGAUCACUAAUAUAUACAAAAAAUAGAAUGAAAUCAAUGAUGCACACGUCUCAAAAGAAAAAUAAAAUAGAUCAAGUUAUUUGUAGUAAUAUAUAUGGUAAUGAUUUACUAUAUGAUUUUAUAUACAGAAAAAGGGACUUUUUUUCAUACAGUUAUAUGUGUAUUUAUAUUUUUCUUAAGAAUGGUAUGAUAUUUUUGGUGAGGAGAAAUUUAAUGACCAAUUCUGAUCAAGGCGAGAAAAGGAAGUACAUACAGGAAAAGAAUCUCAGCACCCAUUCAAGCAUGAUGUGCCCAUUUGUAUUUUCUUUAACUGAACAUUUAAGUGAAUAUAAUGGUCUAACCCUAGUAUCUCGCAUAGACAACAUAUAUUACAGCAAAUCCAUCACCUGUGAUGUGCAUAUAGAGGAUGAGAACGAGCAAUGCAGUACCCAUAGGUUCCAAGAUAUUCGUAAUACUCGCGAUAGUCGCGACAUGCACAGCCCCAACGUAAUCCUCAGCAGAAAUGUAAAAAGGUUUUCUGUCAAAAAUGAACAAAAUAGUAUGAACACGUGUGAUAAUUUACACAUAAUUCAAAAAAAAGGGUUGAAAAACUUAUAUGCAUUCAGAAACUUUUUCAACAUUUAUGAUUUUGACGUAAAGCAGCUACUAACCAAUGAUAAUACAUUUCAAGAGAUCAUCCAACGGAAGAACAUGAACGAGGAGAAGAAGAAGAAGAAGGAGACGAAGAAGGAGACGAAGAAGAAGGAGAAAAAGAAGAAAGAGACGAAGAAGGAGAAGAUAAUGAAGAUGAAAGAAAAAAUAAAAAAAAAAAAAUUAAGGGAAAAAGGUGCGAAAGGAGGAGAACUGCAUGGAAUGCAUUAUGCAGAUGCACGUAAUGGAAUCGGAACCCCCAAAACAAAAUUUGGACUUUUCCCAAAUAGAAAUCUAACACACAAAAGACACUCCAUUUUGAAGAGAAAAAAUUGUCUUGUGAAACAUAAUGUACCAAAGAAAAGUAUGAUGAAAAAACAUCUACACAUACUGAGACGGAAAGAAAGAUUAAUGGGAUCCAAGUUGAUAAGUUCCAAAGUGGCACAAGGAGGAAGUGGAGGAGGAGAGAUAAGUGGUAAAUCCCAGCUUGACAAAAGGAAUAGUGUCCAUACUAAUACCAAUCUCUUUACAAAUGACAAUCCCAAGAAGGUGUACAAUGAAGAUUUUUCCUAUAAUCUGAUAGAAUUCCCAGAUGAAAAAAUUAGAGAAUUGGAGUUGCAUAACAGACAUAGUUUCAUGAGGAAAAAUGUAAAUGCUUAUGUAAAGACCAUAAAAUUUUUGGAGACACAAAUGAAAUAUAGCAUUUUAAUUAUGAACAGAAAUGUAUUUUUAAAAUAUCUCUAUACAUAUUUUAAACUUUUAUUAGAAUAUCAAGAUAUUCAACGAAUUCAACAAAUCUUUCAAUAUUUUAUGUACACAACUUUACAUCAUUCACAGAUGUACCUGUCAGAUUUUCAUAUCUUCCAUGAAAACAUAAAUAAGCCAUACUGGAUCGACACCAAUGCCUUAUUAUGCAUGAAUUUGCAUUUUCUCUUUAUAGUUCUUUUUUUGUAUCACAAUUUUUUACUCCCCAUAUAUAAAAUGGUUCAGAAUAAGGAUGAGCAGGAAAAUCCAUGCUUUCAACCAUUUUUAGAUUUUUUCAAAGAAUCACAAAACUGUAUCUUGCAUAUUCAGAGAAUAUUUAGGUACAAUUUUCGACAUAUGGCAUAUUCUUGA